AUGUAAAUAAGAAUAGAAAUCAUUUUCGAUUACAGCACUUCGUUCCGGUUUCCCGCUAGCGGUGAAGAUAUAAUUCGUAUUUAUUCAUAUAUCCAUCAAAAUGGGCCGUAAAUUCGUGGUUGGUGGCAACUGGAAGAUGAACGGUGACAAGAAACAAGUCACAGAGAUUGUUGAUACACUUAAAAAAGGCCCAUUGGAUGCCAAUGUGGAGGUUGUAGUGGGCGUCCCCGCAAUUUACCUGGAGUAUGUCCAAAGCAUUGUUCCCAACACAAUCAAUGUUGCCGCACAAAACUGCUGGAAGUCACCAAAGGGUGCUUUCACUGGUGAAAUCUCCCCUGCUAUGAUUAAGGACAUUGGAGCCAACUGGGUCAUCCUUGGCCACUCUGAACGUAGGACCAUCUUCGGUGAGAAAGAUGAUCUGGUUGCAGAAAAAGUUGCCCAUGCUCUUGAGUCUGGACUGAAGGUUAUUGCUUGCAUCGGAGAGACACUUGAGGAAAGGGAAGCUGGAAAGACUGAAGAAGUUGUAUUCAGGCAGACUAAAGCCCUUUUGCCAGCUAUUGGAAGCAACUGGGACAAGGUUGUACUGGCUUAUGAGCCCGUCUGGGCUAUUGGCACUGGAAAGACUGCCACCCCACAGCAGGCUCAAGAUGUACAUGCUUCUCUACGUAACUGGUUGUCGGCUAAUGCUUCUGCUGAUGUUGCUAACUCUGUGCGUAUUCAGUAUGGUGGGUCAGUAACUGCUGCCAAUGCUAAGGAGCUAGCUGCCUGCCCUGACAUUGAUGGUUUCCUCGUCGGCGGAGCCAGUCUCAAGCCAGAGUUUGUUGACAUCGUCAACGCCACCCAGUAAAACACCAGUCUGCUAGCGCAUUCGUAUAUUUACGUUUUAUAAUAAUUUUGUUGUAAGGUUAAUUUAUAAAUUUAGAAACAAAUCAUGGAAACAAAUAUAUGAAAUUGUACCUAUUCCUUAUUAAGAUUUUUUUAUUAAGAACUAUAUUUUUUGCUUUGGCGAAUGUUAUUAUUGAGAUUGAUUAGAAAAGUUACUGAGUAACAAUAUAAUUAUGUUGUACUGAUUUAUAAGUUAUCAAUCACUGUCAAAUUGCUUUUAUUUCAUGUUAUACAAUUUUUUUUCCUAAAAAAGAAAUAUAUUAUCACUUACCUAAA